CCGUGCCGGGCGCUCCCCCCGCGUGUGCGUGUGACCCGCAUCCCGCCGGCCCGAGCUGCCUUCGCUGCUAUGAGGCUGCUGGAGACCAAUCUGCAGGGGCUGACCCGGGAGCUGGCCCUGUACCUGGAGAGCCAGGUGCCGGUGGGGCUCUUCGGCUCCGGGGUGGGCUUGUCCCUGGUGCUGGGCUUCAGCGCCGCUUUCGCCUGCUACUACCUCAGCAGCAUCGCCAAGAAACCUCAGCUGGUGACUGGCAGUGAGAGCUUUUGCCACUUUCUCCAAGAACAUUGUCCUGUCGUGAUGGAAACUUACUAUCCCACAGUGUGGUGCUGGGAGGGCCGAGUGCAGACCCUCUUGCGUCCCUUCAUCACCUCAAGACCCCAACUACAGUAUAGGAAUGAGCUUAUUAAAACAACAGAUGGAGGACAGAUUUCAUUGGAUUGGUUUGAUAAUAAUGACAGCGUAUGUUAUCCUGAUGCCAGCACGAGGCCCACUAUCUUAUUACUGCCUGGCCUCACAGGAACAAGCAGGGAAUCCUACAUUCUACAUAUGAUCCAACAGAGUGAAAUGCUGGGAUAUAGAUGUGUAGUUUUUAACAACCGAGGAACAGCUGGUGAGGAUCUCUUGACACCAAGAACUUACUGUGCUGCUAACACAGAGGAUUUGGAGGCUGUUAUUCAUCAUAUUCACAACAUGCAUGCCUCAGCUCCAUUUAUGGCAGCAGGUGUUUCUAUGGGAGGCAUGCUUCUUUUAAAUUACCUGGGUCAAACUGGCCGAGAAACUCCUUUGAUGGCAGCUGCAAUUUUUUCUGCGGGUUGGAAUGUUUUUGAAUCUGCUGAAUCAUUGGAGAAACCUCUAAAUUGGCUGCUCUUUAACUACUACUUGACUACUUGUUUACAGUCCUCUAUUAGUCGACAUCGACAAAUGUUAGAGAAAUUAUUUGAUAUGAAUCUGGUCAUGAAGGCUAAAACCAUUAGGGAGUUUGAUAAGCAAUUCACCUCAGUUAUGUUUGGCUACCGUACAAUUGAUGAUUAUUAUGUAGAUGCUAGUCCAUGUCGCAAGCUGAAGUCAAUAAGUAUUCCAGUGUUAUGUCUAAACUCUUUGGAUGAUGUUUUCUCACCAGGUCAUGCUAUACCCAUUGAAACUGCCAAACAAAAUCCAAAUGUUGCUUUGGUUCUUACUUCAUAUGGAGGCCACAUUGGUUUUCUAGAAGGAACAUGGCCAAGGAAGUGCACUUACAUGGACAGAGUCUUCAAGCAGUUUGUGCAGGCUGUAUUUGAGCAUGGAAACAAAAUCUGUAGCAUGUAGCUCUCCAGAGGCAUCUUGUUUCAGCCCACUGUUUCAGCACAGUAGCAUGAUCUGACAAGAGCAGCUCAGCUUAAUGCACAAAUGUUAAUUACUCUAUAAACAGCAAAUAAGCCAGCAGAUGGAAGACCAUUACUAUGUGCAAAAAUACUUUUCACCUAAAUUUUUGUAGCAAGGAAUAAAUAUUAUGUUGUUGUUUUUGUAGUUUAAUAUGCCUUACCAAGAAUGACCUUAAAUAAAACAGCACUCUAAAUUUAUCAAAUUGCACUUAACCAAAACCAUUAAGUAAACACAUUAUAGUUCCUCAGGGUUUUAAUUUAAUACAGUUCAUUUUUAGGAGAUUUAAUUUAGAUGACUUGUAAUAUAACCAUUUUAAUAAACUCAAAUUUACGUAUAUAUUUUAAAGUAUGUUACAAGUUGAUCCAUUUCUAAGAGCAUUGACAAGAGAAAUAUUGAAAUAUGAAAUCAGAAGAAAUAACACAGAAAAAGACCGAUUCAUCAGAGUAAUCUUUAGGCUUAAGCAUAAAUAGCAGAAGACUAAAACUUGAUUUACUGUUUUACCCUGUGAGGAUAUUCAGAUUUAGGGUGGUUUUUAUUCUUUAUAAUGCCAGUACCAUAUUGUCGUAUAUGUUUAUUUUUAACAUUGUUAGCUAAUUUGUAGUAUUUAUAUAUUUAUUACCAAAGGUUCUGUUGAAAUAUAGUAAUGUAAUAAACAAUGUAAUUUUAAGUCAACAUAUUUUUACUUCCUCAUUUAUGUAAUCUUGUGUGGUGUCAUACAUACAUGUUACACAUGUUCCAUAUAAAGGUGGAAAAUAAAUUGCUUAAUUCUAU